AUGAAGGAUGUACUGUCUUGGUGUGGCCUGCAGCCUCUUCAGGUCCUCCUCCUGCUUCAAACUGUGGGCUUUGCCCACCAGCCUGUGGGGGUACAGGCUGCACAAUCACAGACUUUGUACCAGACCACCAACGCAGCAGCAGAGGACAUCUCCUCAGUCACUGCAGCCCAACAUAGAGACCCUUUCUCCAAGAACAUUUCCUCCAAAGGUCCAGUUGACCUAAACAAUACAGAAGUCAACUCCAUUGCUGGAAACAACACCUCUGAGAUCUCUGAGGAGCACAUAGUCAUCCACUCAAAGCCAGCAGAGGGCUGGGAUGAAAAACAGGGUGGACCAAGAAUUGGUAGAAGGAUUGGUAGUUUUUCCUUCACGGCUACAACCAGUGGACUACAGAGUCCAGAAGACGGUCUGUCUGAGGAAGAGAAAGAGGUGAUGCCAGGGCAAAGUCAAACUACCACUCAGCCAGAAGCCUCUGCUGACAACCCUCCAUCCACUGAUAACGACAUUGACGACUGCCAGUCUAAUCCAUGCCAGAAUGGUGGAACCUGCAUCGAUGAGAUCAACUCCUUUGUCUGUCUUUGUCUGCCCAGUUUCAGAGGAGCUACCUGUGAGAGAGCAGAAACUAAGGGUUGUGAGCACACAUGGAGGAAGUUCCACGGCCACUGCUACAGGCACUUCAGCCGGAGACAUACCUGGGAGGAUGCUGAGAAGGACUGCAGGGAGCACAGCGGACACCUGGCCAGCAUCCACAGCAUAGCUGAGCAGAACUUCAUCAGAGGUCUGAGCCAUGACAACACAUGGAUUGGGUUAAAUGAUCGAACAGUGGAGGAUGACUUUCAGUGGACCGACAAGAUGGACCUGCGAUAUGAGAACUGGCGGGAGAACCAGCCAGACAACUUCUUUGCUGGAGGAGAAGACUGUGUGGUUAUGAUCGCUCAUGAGAACGGCAAAUGGAACGAUGUGCCCUGUAACUACAACCUGCCUUAUGUCUGCAAGAAGGAAAUGGUUCGACAAGCCAAUCGUCACCGGCGCCACCACCACAAGGGCAGGCGGCUGCACAGGAAGCACAAGAGACAUGGCCACAGAGAGGGAGGCCACAACAUCGCCCACCUCUGAACCAAAAUAGCGCCUCCUUUGCUACAGACUGAAGUUUGCCUAUCCCUAUUGCCCCAUUUCCUACAGAAAUUCUUCUAACCUUAUAGACAAGGGCCAUCCUGUACAGUGUGUAGGAAAUGUUCUAGAUUCUGUCAUACCAAUAAAUUGUAUAAUGUUAAUCAGUAAAAAAUAAAUUCAUAUUUAUCCACAUGCACAUGCCGGUCAUAGGCUCAUCAGUAUGUAAUCAGUGUUGAUAAAUCCCACAUGCUUGUGCACACUCUGGGAUCAUUUGCAUUCAGCAACACUUUUUAUAAACCAUACAGUAUAUUGUAUCAACACAGCCUUGUAAAAAUCAUGUGAAUACACAUUUUUGACUUAACCUAAAUAAUGAGACAAAGACAGUAAAGAAAAGAAACCUCACAGCAAAUGUAGGCUAAUUGAUGUUCUUGUUCAUUAGUUUGAAGACUUGGACCCCCAAAUUGUCAGCAUCACCUGCAACAUAGAUCCCUCUGGGAUUAUAUUAUUCAUAAGGUUUAAAUUCAACUCUCCCAACAGAAAAAGUUGAGCCAAACAGAUCAGCGUGCUCUCUGAAAAUGUGCUCCCUGCAGAGCACGUGGUAUGCCAAAUCUUCCACAUAGACUAAAUGAUCCAUAAUGCUACAUGCCAAUCAGAGCUGCCUUUUGUAUAUCGAUACCAUUUAGGCAAAGUGUCUGCUUUCCAAUCUAGACAAAAAGGACUAAUUGAGUGUUUUACACACUCAUUGAACACAUCUGUGUGAAUACACUUUUGAUAAUUGCCCUGUCCCUGCACCACACCACCCUGUCAUUAGGUCCACCCCUGGCUCUCUGAGUCAGCCUGUAUCAUGUAAACUCCAGAGCCUGCCGGGCUUCACAAGGACAUUAACACAACCCAUGGACAGCAUGAAAUGUUCAAAAUUAGUAGCCCCCCCCCCCCCAUUUAUUUUAAUCUAGACAUUUGAAAUGUAUUUAUUUGAUUGUUUUCCCCGUUUGAGUUGUCAGUGUGAGGUGUUUACUUUAGACCACCUGCUGAAUAGAAAACACACAAUGUCUCAAUUUAGUUUGAGCACAUCAGACAUCUGACAAUUUUAAGUGUCCAACCAUCUUAAAAUACUCCUGUUGUGUCAAACAUCCAAUCCCAUUAUCAUUAAAGGUUAAUUUGAACCUUUGAUUUCAGUUCUUCUUUUCAUAGAUAUAUGACAUAUAAAUCUGUUUUAAUGGGUAUGCAUUUUAUUCUUUAGGAUAGCAACAAUAUCUGCCUCUUUCUGUUUUACUAAUAAAUUACAAUUACAAUUUUGCACUUUUCACACAAAUGACACAUAGCGGUUGUUGAAAUGUGGUACGUUGGGUACUUUUUCUUCGCUCUGCCGCAGCCACUUAGUUAGCGUCCUUCAGGAUUCACUAAUUAAUGGGUGGAGCUUGUGUUUGUACUUCGGCUCCUUGUGUCUCUUACCUGGUUUCAAGGCUGUCCAUAUGGGGUCCGUUGAGGUCAGCAAUUACAUGAUUCAUCCUAAAUAUAAGCAAUGGCAACCACUUUUUAUUUUGAACUUAAAUAUAAAAAUGUACAUCUUGGGCAGGCUCAAUGUGACUUUAAGUGCUCUGCUUGUUAUAUCAGAGUGAAUAUUGUCAGGAUGAGAGAAGAGAAGAAAAAGAGAAAGCUGGUUAGGCCAAUUGACCCCAGCACAAAUGAGUGUUUACAAACUUUUUUUUAUGUCAGCUCAGGAAGCUGAUCCCAGCCAGGCUAAGCAGACAACGUUAACUAGGAGGCUAACACUUAAAUGACUGAACAGGAGUAACUGUGGCUGGAUCCUUCAGUGAACCAAAAAUAAUAAAUACUUUUGCUCCACAAUGAACGGGAGAGACCCAAUAAAUUGGCAAUACUUGCUAUAAAACUAUACCAAACAGGAAGACUUUAAAAUCAUUGCUUCUGGAAAAUACAGGUAAGAUGGCUGUUCAACAGGCAAGGGUGAAGCAAACAAAAAGGGUAAGAACUACUUGCAUUUCUAAUGGUGUCCCCUUGUUUGUCCCCUUUUGUACAGAACGGGGAAGGUUUUGAUUUGGUGUGUAGUGUGUUGGUUUCUUUUGGUGAGCCCUGCUCCUUGUUGCAGUUACCUCUUGCACUUCAGUACUGUGAAACACAUUUCUUUAAGAACAUCCUACAAUUUAUAAAAUAAAGAUUUGUGUCAAAGAAACUCUGUAUGCUUUGAUUGUGAACCACAUCUGCUGUUCAUAGGUUGGUACAUGAACAUAUGUUAUCUUUCGAGUGUCUUAAUGUUUACAUUAUAACUUUCUUGGAGUGCUAUUCCCCACGGCACGUUAGUGGG